AUGCAAGACUAUCAUCCCGUUCCAUUGAUUUUCUUCAUCCUCGCCGUCAUCCUCACCGUCGUUCAAUCUUCUUCUCUCAUAGUCCGCUCCAUCGAACGGAGGAAAAUCAAUCCGCUCAACAUCAACACAGGACGGGCUCCGAAUCCAUACAACGAGCCGGGAUUCUCCGCUGGCGUUGUGCAUGAUCCAAAACGUCUACCCGCGGAGAUUGGUGGCAUCGUCGCCGCGUACGGCAUAUCCCUGGUGUUGGUCGCCAUUAUCCUUCUCUCCCUGUCAAGGAAACGGCGUCAACACCUUCGAGGCGACAUCGAAGGUCCCGUAGCACAAAGCCCAGCUGAUCUGUACAGCCAAGACUACGCCCACAACGAAUUUGCUCGCCUCAGUCGUGUUCCCGUUUCCGGCCUGAGAUCCGCUAGAGCGCUCAGCUUUUCAUACCCACCGCCUAUUCAGACCGAAUUCAACGAGACCAGGCCGUACAUCUACGCCUCGCCGACCUUUUCCGCCAAAAUACCCGGAGUCGAUCCCUCGGUCGAUCAAAGAGUUGUCAGAGCAGACAGAAAAAUGGCGCAAAACCAGCUCGAGGAGAUGUACAAGCAUGUAAUGGAACACGAAGAAGCAAAGCAGAAGGGAAUCGUCAUCGAUGCCCCCACUGUCCCGGGCCACGACCACCGUGUCGAUUACUCGACCGUGUCGAAGAAAGGAAAGAAGAAACCGGCUCUCCUCGAGCUCGAACCUUUUCGGGAGGAGAAGACACAGUCCAAGGCGUCAUUCUUCUUCUCCGCCAUUCGCUCGCCAAGGAAGAAGUCGAUAAAAGGCCUUUCCAUCUCGGCUCCCAUCAUGACGCCGCAAUCCUCCACCUUUCCGAGGCAAGAGAACCAGGAGAUGAGCCCAAUAGCCCCCAGACUGUACGCACCAUCACGCCCACCGCCUUCCCCCGCCAAUCGUCUCACUUCCUUUGGGGUGUCGACAGUUGUCCGGAGCAGGGCGCCGCCGACUGCGAAUAUCUCCCCCGAGAGUGUCAUGAGCAUUGACGAACGUAUCAAAUUUCAUCUAGGUCCACCUGACAACUGCACGCAUUCGUACAGCUCACCUACUCCGAUGGAAAUAGACCCGACGUCGGCCAUUUCAGAUCACUCGCAGCGCCCUCUGGUCGGUAUCAGCCUUCCAGCCUCUCCCAAGUCGGGAGCGAGGUCUCCCUCGCUGCCUUCAUCCCCAAGUGCAGGAACCAACUUCCCGCGGUCCAACCAUGCUUCUGCCGUUCGAGCAGGAGGCACCUUGCCUCUGCGGGCCUACGAGCCACCUCCGAGCUCGCCAUCUGUGUGCUCCAACGCUACAAAGCAGACAGUCUUUCAAAGAACGGGGCCGUUGUCACCGACCACGGGUCAGGGCUGUCGAACUGCCGGUACAGUGCCAUAUUCACCCUAUCAACCGUUCACCCCAUGCAUCCCAGUGACACCGUCGCUGGUGACCAAGGAAGAACGCAAACGGCUGAAGAGAAUGGCACCAAGGACACCGACUGUCCAGAUGGUUCAAAAUGCGGAUGAUGUCUGGUGA